AUGGAUGAACGACGCCCUAUAGACCAUGCUUCCGAAGAAAGCCCGAAUUCUAUAGGUCCCGAAUUGACUACAAUUGAAAUUAAGAGAGCCAAAUUCUUUUCCAACAAUUCGAACGACAGUCGUGAAAAUGUUAAAACUUCUGAGGGGGGUGAGACUGUUGAAGAUGAGUUGUUAUGCGACACUAUGCCUCACCUAAAAAAGAAACUCAUAGUAUUUUUAGUAGCGCUGUCGUGCUUUUUAUCACCCUCCAGCAACGUAGCCUUCCUGCCGGCUGUUCCCAUCCUUGCAAAAAGGUUCGACACAACAAGUAAUAUAAUUAAUCUAUCCAACGCCAUUUAUGCCGUGGUAAUGGCUAUUUCCCCAUGUCUCAUGAGUCCAUUUAGUGACGUUUACGGUAGACGAAUCACUUUUCUAAUAUGCUCUAUGGGAUUUACAAUCUGUACAAUACUAGUUGCUGUCUCCGUCAAUCUGGGCAUGUUCUUCUUUUUUAGAUGUGCAACCGCGUUGUUUGGUACCGCGUUUUUUGCAGUUGGUGGAAGCAUUAUUUCAGAUAUUUAUCGGCCACAUGAGAGAGGAAACGCAAUGGGAUGGAUUCUAUCAGGAUCGCAGAUAGGGCCAGCGAUCGCUCCUUGUCUGGGCGGCAUAAUCGUAACAUAUACCUCUUGGAGGGUGAUAUUUUGGGUUUUAGUGGGGUUGGGUUGUUUAAGCUUCUGCAUGUCCUGGCUAUUUCUACCCGAAACCGCGCAGGCCACCAUUGCCCAAAUAAUUAGAGAGGAAAGCCCUAACAAAAGAUUUGUGUGGGUGUCAUACAAUCCACUAACGGUGGUGGGAGCACUGAGGUACCCUAAUCUCGUAUUAGCCGGACUUGUGAGCGGAUCUCUACUCUACAACAUGUAUGCCUUAUUAACACCAAUUCGACACGUUGUUGAUCCUCGCUUCAAUUUAACGACACCAAUUUAUGGUUCAUUAUUCUAUUUACCACCAGGUUUGGGAUACCUCUGCGGCUCUUUCGUGGGAGGAAAGUGGGCCGAUUACCAUGUUAAGAAAUAUCAAAUUAUCAAAGGCGAGAGGAUCCCAGAGGAUAGAUUAAGAUCGAUGCUGGUGACCUUUGGAGUAAUCUUACCGGGUACCAUAUUGGUGUACGGCUGGGCACUGGAAAAAGAAAGAGGGGGAAUAGCUCUUCCUAUCGUUGCAAUGUUCAUAGGCGGGAUAGGACAAACCAUUUGUUUCCCAAGUAUCAACGCUUAUUGCGUAGAUGCUAUGCCAGAGCUCAAAGGGGAUGCGAUAGCAAGCAACUAUUUUACGCGAUAUAUAGCUGGUGCAGUUGGGACUGCAACUUGCCUCAUACAGAUCGACAGUAUUGGAAUUGGAUGGACAUGCACUAUUUCUUGUUUUGUAUUACUGGGAGGCUUCAUAGCUUCAGUGGCCUUAGUAUAUUGGGGAGCUCGUAUGAGGACCAUCAGGGUUUCUGAUAGCAGGAAAUAG